AUGUUUGAGAAGGCUAAAGUGGAAGGGCUCAUAGCAAGUAGUUCAGACCAUGUUCCAAUUAUGUUGUAUGUGAGGCAGGACAGAAGAUUUGGUUCAAGAAGACAGUAUUCUUUUAAGUUUGAGGCAAGUUGGAUAAAAGAGAAUGAAUGUGAAGAGGUAAUUAAAACAGCUUGGGUUGACACUACUCAGUGUGCCAAAGAACCUCUUGUGAGUGUUCAGAAAAUGUUGAGAGAGUGUGGUGGCAAGUUGAGCAGUACUUUUCGAAGAAGGGAUGGGGAGAGAUGUCAGGAUAUUGAAUUAUUGAACAAGAAAAUCAAGGAGCUGCAGGAUAGAGAAGGGCCACACAAUGCUGCAGAACUUCACAUAUUACAACAAGAGGUGGGUUUAUUACUGGAGAAUGAGGAUAUAAGGUGGAAGCAGAGGGCAAAAAGAAAUUGGUGUUCCUUAGGAGAUAAAAAUACUAAGUUCUUUCAUGCUUGUGUUAAGCAAAGAAGAAAAAAGAACCAAAUCAUUUAUGUUUUGGAUGCUAACUCAGAGUUAAAGGAAGGAAAUGAGGAGGUAGUGGAGGCCUUUAGACAAUAUUACACUGAGGUUUAUAAAACAGCAGCCUCUUCGUGUGAUCAGGUGAUGGAGGGGAUACAAUCCAUUGGGUCUCGAGUCACUGAAUAG